UUUUCAACAUCAACUCAUUCCGUCUCACCCAGAUGGAUUUUGAUGAGACCUACGACGUUGUAAUCAUCGGUGGUGGUAACGCCGGGUUCUCUGCGGCCACCACCGCAGCACAGUUCGGUGCCCGGGUCUGUCUAGUCGAGAAAGCUCCGUUCGAAGAUGCGGGCGGGAAUACGUUCUACACGGCUGCUGCUUUCAGAUGCUGCUUCGACGGUUUACCGGACUUGCUGCCUCAUAUAUAUGGGGAUGAUGGCACGAAAGGCCUGCCAGGGGAUUUAGUCAAAAGGAUUGAUAUGUCGCCCUAUACGAAGGAUGAUUUUCAUAGAGAUAUCCUUCGUAUUACUAAAGGUAGGGCGGACCCGACGCUGGCUGGGUUACUGGUGGAUAACUCAAGGGAAGCGGUGCAGUGGUUGAUGGAUAAUGGCGCUCGCUUCGUUCUUUCGUUCAACCGGCAAUCGUACUUGAUCGAUGGGAAGUAUAAGUUUUGGGGUGGUAUGGUGUUGACUAUGGCUGGUCAGGGAAAGGAGUUAUUCCAAUUUCAUCUAAAUACUGCGAAAAAGUACGGUGUAAUGAUUCACUUCAGCUCUCCGGCAAUCGAUUUGGUUGCUGACCCCACGACAAACGAGGUAACCGGCGUGAAAGUAUUUAGUGAAGGAAAAAUGAGACUUAUUGGUGCUAGGGGCGGAGUUGUAUUGGCGAGUGGUGGCUUUCAAGCCUCCCCAGCGUUACGCGCUCAAUAUCUGGGCCCUAAUUGGGAUCUAGCUCAUGUUCGUGGAUCAAAAUACAACACGGGGGACGGUCACGCCAUGGCGAAGAAACUCGGUGCGAAGCUGGAUGGCAAUUAUUCGGGUUGUCAUUCAGUUGCCUGGGACGCCAACUCGCCUCUUGCGUCCGGAGAUCGAGUAAUGACAAACAGAUACACCAAGUCAGGCUACCCAUUAGGCAUUAUGGUGAAUAUCAACGGGGAUAGAUUCGUCGACGAGGGAUUCGAUUUACGCAACUUCACCUACGCCAUUUUUGGGAAGGAAAUCCUCAAACAACCUCAGGGCAUCGCAUUCCAAAUCUGGGACGCGGAGGGGAGCAAACUUCUACGGCAGGAGGAAUAUGCCGACGAUGUCACCGCAAAUAUAAAAGGCGAAACAAUUGGAGAGCUUGCGGAUAUGCUCAAGUGUGAGGGGCUUAGGGAUGGUAGACGAUUCCUGGAGACCAUUAAUCAGUUCAAUGAUGCAUGUAAAAGCUUCCAGUUGGAACAUCCCGAGAAGGAGUUCGACCCGAGUCAAAAAGAUGGCAUGUCGACGCAAGGAAUACGGAGGUCAUUGCCCAUAGGCAAGACGAACUGGGCCAUGCCUAUCGAACACGGCCCCUUUCAGGCUGUCGAAGUAACUUGUGGAAUCACAUUUACGUUUGGUGGGCUGGCAGUUACGUCUAAGGCGGAGGUUGUGAGCGAGUUUACCGGGAGUAAGAUUGAAGGUCUCUGGUGCGCGGGCGAGUUGCUGGGUGGUUUAUUCUGGGAUAAUUAUCCGGGAGGUAGUGGAUUGACGAUGGGGACGGUGAUGGGGCGGAUUGCGGGGAAGGAGGUUGCGAAGAGGGCGAGAAUUCGUAAUGAUAGUUAGGAGUGACGAUGAAUCAACUUAUGGUCAUGCUUCUAUAGGAAUUUGCUGCUGGAUGAAUUGCUUGACUGUCAUAAGAUACAUAGGGGCAGUUUUUGAUUGGGG